CGACUUUCCAGGGCUAUUUGUUCUGCGGCUUGAAACAACACAGCUCGCUCCCAUCCUCCUCCCAACACCUCCUAGUCCAACACAAAACUAACAAGAAAAAAUGGGUGUCAAACGCGAAGCCGGCGCGGAGGUGGAGAAGAACCCGCUCGCAGAUGUGGAGUUGAGCGACGAGGACGCUGCCAAGCUGCAAGAGGUCCAAAAGGACAUUGCGCGCGCCGAGCUCAUUCUUGAGCGUCAAGCGCAGGCCAAACUCCUGACCACCUACGAAAAGCGCCGGGCGGUCGUGAAAGCGAUCCCCAAGUUCUGGCCGGUCGCGCUCAUGAAUCACCCCAUGAUCGCCAUCCACGCGCAACACAACACCGACCAAGCUGCGUUGAGCUACCUUGAGGACGUGUGGAUGAUCCGCGACCCCGUUGAGACGCGGGCAUUCACCCUUGAAUUCCACUUCAAGGAGAACCCGUUCUUCAGCGACAAGGUCCUGACCAAGGAGUUCAAGUACGUUCCCCCUCCCGCGGCUGCGAACGAAAAGCCCGACGAGGAGGGCAUCACUGCCUCCAUGCUUGACUUCUCAUGGGAGCGCGACGUCGAGCCCAAGGCAAGGGCAUACAAAAUCAACUGGAAGGACGACUCAAAGAACCUGACGAAGCGCUACCCUCGCGUUACGGACGACGUCGAGGACGACCUGCCCGCUGAGCCUGGCACAUUCUUCAACUUCUUUGAGAUCGCCGAGGAUCCCUUCGACAUUGGCGUGCAGAUCGCGAAUGAGGUUUUCCCAGAGGCCAUCGACUACUUCCUCGGGAAUAUGAAUGACCAGGACGACUCGGAUGACGACGAGGACGACUCCGACGACGAUGCCGAGGAAAUUGACCUGGAAAAGCCCCGGCCGAAAAAGACCAAAACGGCAUAGAUUCUGCCCACUGCUUGUUGUAUACCCAGCCUGAGUAUCUCUCCCUGUAACCUGAGGAAGCCUGCUCGCAAUUGCUUCUACGAUGUACUGUGCCCGUUGUCAUAAACUAAUGCGCCAUCAAAAAGCCGAUCAAAAGC